AUGGCUGAUAAACGUACGCUAAUAGCAGUGAUAGGAGAUGAAGACACUACAACUGGAUUAUUACUUGCAGGUAUAGGUCAAGUGACAAAUAACAAUAGUAACUUGACAGAUAAGAAUUUUUUCAUAUAUCAAGAUGGUAAGACUACCCGUGAAGAAGUAUCCAAAAUUUUUGAACAUUACACUGAAGAAAGAAAUGAUAUCGCUAUAUUGUUAAUUAAUCAACAUGUCGCUGAAAUUAUUAGGUCCCAAGUUGAUUCAUUUGUAAACCCAUUCCCUGCUAUUUUGGAAAUCCCAUCAAAGGAUCAUCCUUAUGACCCAGAAAAGGAUUCUGUUUUGAAAAGAGUUAGAAAGUUGUUCGGAGAAUAA